CACACACACGCACACACACACACACACACACACGCACAAAGCUCGCUCGCCUUGAGCGCACUAACGUGGCCGCUUUCUUUGUGUGGAGCCCUCGAGUAGGGUUGGGACCCCCGGUCUGGUCCCAAAGAGAUGGCGCAGCCCAUCCUGGGCCAUGGGAGCCUGCAGCCAGCCUCAGCCGCUGGCUUGGCAUCUCUGGAGCUCGACUCAUCACUGGACCAGUAUGUGCAGAUUCGUAUCUUCAAAAUCAUCGUGAUUGGGGACUCCAACGUGGGCAAGACCUGCCUGACCUUCCGCUUCUGCGGAGGUACUUUCCCAGACAAGACUGAGGCCACUAUCGGUGUAGACUUCAGGGAGAAGACCGUGGAAAUCGAGGGCGAGAAGAUCAAGGUUCAGGUGUGGGACACAGCAGGCCAAGAACGCUUCCGUAAAAGCAUGGUCGAACAUUACUACCGCAAUGUGCAUGCAGUGGUCUUUGUCUAUGAUGUCACCAAGAUGACAUCCUUCACCAACCUAAAAAUGUGGAUCCAAGAAUGCAACGGGCAUGCUGUGCCCCCACUAGUCCCAAAGGUGCUUGUUGGUAACAAGUGUGACUUGAGGGAACAGAUCCAGGUACCCUCCAACUUAGCCCUGAAAUUUGCCGAUGCCCACAACAUGCUGUUGUUUGAGACAUCAGCCAAGGACCCCAAAGAAAGCCAGAAUGUGGAGUCAAUUUUCAUGUGUCUGGCUUGUCGACUCAAGGCCCAAAAAUCCCUGUUAUAUCGUGAUGCCGAGAGGCAGCAAGGCAAGGUACAGAAACUGGAGUUCCCACAGGAAGCUAACAGUAAAACUAACUGUCCUUGUUGAACCAAAUGGUGUAAAUACAAGAUGAAUUAUCACUGGAGAUUUUUCUUUCCCCUUUUUUUCCGGCCUAUAUAAUGCUGACACCUGCUUGUUUCCAUACAAAUUGAUAUCAAAAUAAAAUUUGUAUAGAUUA